AUGGCAAUAGAUGCCUCAAAUCAAAAUCUAUCUUCCUUAUCUAUGAGCAAUUCUGCCAUUGAUAGUGGAUCAACUCCUUAUUUCAUUCAUCACUUGUAUAAUCCAAGACUUAGUCAAGCUAUAAUGACCGCAUUAUCAGUAAAGAGCAAGCUAGGAUUCAAGGAUGGAUCUAUAUCUAAACCUGAUAAUAAUGACGAUUUGAUCAAUCAUUGGAUCCUCAACAACAACAUGGUGAUCUCGUGGAUCCUUAAUUCAGUUUCCAAAGAAUUUUUUGCCGGUGUUAUUUACUCUGAGUUUGCACAUGAUAUAUGGAUCGACCUUAAGGAAAGAUAUCAACAGAGGAAUGGUCAUAGCAUAUUCCAGCUAAGACGUGAAUUGAUGAAUCUCACACAAGGACAAUCAUCUGUUAGUAUAUACUUUACCAAGUUAAAAACCAUCUGGAAAAAACUCAAUAACUACAAGCCCGUGUGCUCUUUUGCAAAAUGCAACUGUGGAGGUAAUAAGAAACUAGCUGAACACUAUCACAUGAAGUUCACAAGUUAA